AUGGGACGAAAACGCAAGGCUGGAUUCGCAUCAAUACUCUCAUCUCUUCCCCCUGAUGUAAAGCUAUCGUUUGUACCCAACCCCAAUGGCACUGAAGAACAUGAACUUCUGGAGCCGUCUUCAGUUGAAGUUGAGGAUCUCAUCGUUCAACGAGUGCAUGUAAGCCAAUCUACACCAAAGUCCAGUCAGAUACUCGCAGGCGAAACUUUGGGUGCAACUUUGGAUCCACCCACUGCUCCCGCUCGCAAAAAGCAGAAGGUAUCGGCAUCCAGCUCUAGCCCCAUAUUCUCUCUGGAAGAUAUCUCGAAAAGCGUUACGCUCCAUUACAAAACCCAAAAGAAUGUUCCCCAACACCUCAAAAAAUACUUUGCCCAAAGGCACCGUUUCUUCUCGUUGUAUGACAAGGGCUGCCUCCUCGAUGAAGAAGGUUGGUACAGCGUAACUCCCGAAAAAAUUGCGCUCCAAAUUGCUGAACGCUGCCGAUGCGACACUGUGGUUGACGCGUUCUGCGGGGUGGGUGGCAAUGCAAUUGCCUUUGCACAAACAUGCGAACGAGUUAUAGCGCUCGAUAUCUCACCCACAAGGCUGGCCAUAGCUCGACACAAUGCGGGUAUUUAUGGCGUCGCCGACCGUAUCGAGUUCAUUCUAUGCGACUACGUAUCGUUUGCCCGAUCCCUCGCCUCUCAGGGCCGCCGUGUUGAUGUGGUGUUUCUCAGUCCUCCAUGGGGUGGGCCGUCCUACAUUUCCAGUUCUACAGGAGCAGCAUCUGCUCCAGAUUCCGAAGACGUGCAGUCGUCCGUGUACACACUAAAUAAUCUACUUCCAAUUUCAGGAAUCGAGCUUUUUGCCAUAUCACAUAAAAUCUCUAGGAAUAUCGCAAUGUACCUUCCUCGCAACACAGACGUUGGCGAGAUAGGGGGUUUGGCCCCACCCGGAGAAAAAGUAGAGAUCGAAGAAGAAUGGAUGGGAUCUAAAUUAAAAGCCUUGACCUGCUACUUUGGUGGGUUGGCGAGGGGACAAGGUCAUUUAUUUGUUGGUUGA